AUGCUGUGGACUGCCGGUCUCUGCCUCUUCUGGGGGGUUCUGUGCACACGGGGGGCCCCGUUGAGCGAGCCGAGGCAGAAGGUCCUGUUGGUCUCCUUCGAUGGUUUCCGUUGGGAUUAUGACCGCGACGUGGACACACCGAAUUUGGACAGAAUGGCUGAGGACGGAGUGAAGGCCCACUACGUCACGCCCCCUUACCUGACCAUCACCAGCCCUACGCACUUCACCCUCCUGACAGGCCGUUACAUUGAGAACCACGGCGUGAUCCACAACAUGUGGUUCAACACCACCAGCACGGAGAAGAAGCCCUAUUAUCAGACUCAGUUUGUCAACGACUGGUGGGACAACGGCACGCUGCCUAUCUGGAUCACAGCUCAGAAACAGGGUCUGAAAGCUGGCUCUCUUCACUUCCCUGGCACCGCCUCCAGCUACCAGGGACAGGUUGCCAUGAAACGCGAGGUCGAGCCGCUGCUCUACAAUUACAAGAACGAGACGGCUUGGCGAGAGAACGCCAACAAGGUGAUGGCCUGGUUCCGAGACCUGGAUCUGGACUUUGUGUCUCUCUAUUUUGGAGAGCCGGACGGCACGGGCCACAGGUACGGGCCUGACUCUCCACAGCGACGAGACAUGGUCAGGCAAGUGGACCGGACCGUGGGAUACAUCCGAAGCUCAGCUGAAAAACACGGAUUGAGCAAGCGCUUGAACAUCAUCAUCACGUCCGAUCACGGCAUGACCACGGUCUACCGCAACGGUUUGGUGAAGGAAAUCACACUCUCCAAGAUUCCAGGCUUCUCUUUCGGGGAUGUGUCUUUCCACCUGGUAGAUUUUGGGCCCUCUGGAAUGCUGCUGCCCAAGCCGGGCAAGCUGGAGAAGGUUUACAAUGCCUUAAAGGGGGCGCACCCUCACCUCCAUGUCUUCAAAAAGGAGGAGAUGCCAGAACGCCUCCACUUUGCCAAGAACGAUCGCAUCCUGCCCAUCAUUUUGUGGGCAGACGCUGGCUAUGUGAUUAACGGGUACUUCCCAGUCCAGUUCAACAAGGGCGAGCACGGCUUUGACAACCAAGAGAUGGACAUGAAGGCCUUCUUCAGGGCGGCGGGUCCGGCUUUCCACAAGAACCUGCAGGUGGGGCCUUUUGAAACAGUCCACAUCUACCCACUGAUGUGUCACAUCCUCGGCAUCAAGCCCGAGGUCAACGAUGGACACCUGGAUGCCACCAAGCACAUGCUGGUGACCAGCGCCAGGACGCAGGAUCAUGAAGGUGAGGGAGUAAACUUCCUGCAGAACGCCGUCACUGGAUUAGCUGCAACAGCUGGAUUUCUUCUCAUAGUCUUUGUUGUGAUAACGACGCACAAAAUAAUCAGCAACAGACGACAUAAAAGGUAA